AUGGGCCCUUCUACCUUCAGUGACGACCUUCCUACAUCCCUGGCGGACCUGCUUUCCAACACCUUGAUCCUGCGCCAAACUGCCCCGUACCUGCCAAUAUCUGCUCUCCGUAACCUGUCGCGAACCUGCAAAUCCCUACACCAUGUUAUCUUCCAGUCGCCAGAGGCCUUUCGCUACUUGGAUCUCUCUCCGGUGAAGUCUACUAUUGUACCCUUCGAUGGACCUCUUGAUAUCGGCGGUACCAGUUUCCGCGCUGAGCGAAUGGACGAAGCCCUCACCGAAGACGACUUCUACAGCGGUCCGCUACGUCACAUCUUCAACAGACUUGAGAAGCUGCACGUCUUGCGCAAUGUCCACACACUCGUACUAGACGGGCUCAGCGUCACAGCCGAACUGGUCAAGGAACUGCUUACUGAGGAGCGAUUCAACGUCCGCAUACUCUCGAUUCGCGAAGCCAAACACUUGAACGAGAGGAAGCUUCAGCAAUACCUGCGAUAUGCGGUCCGACCGUCCAGGCCUGCGGGCACCCCUCGAGUCAAAGGCAUCUACAUCUUUGGCACCCGCGAUCGAAUACCGCGCCCUGCGUCGCCCGUCACGAAGAAGCCUUCCCCACAUAUUCCCAAGGGCGUGACGACUUCACAAGGGGCGCAGAUAGGGGCGCAAUGGAACGAGAAGUCGCAGCAGGCCUUGGAAGCUGUACUGGCGCGGACCGAGGACAAGUGGUACCAGUCUUCUGGUAAGAUCAUACCGAAGCGGCCGUCGCCGGAAUGGGCAGAGAUACUCCAGGCGUGCGAAGGCAUUAUCGCCUUCGAUGCCGUUCUGUGCAGAGGACCACGCCACGACCCAAGCAAGGCGUACGUCAGAGACGCGACUGCAGAUGGAGCACCCCACCCGUCCUCUUUCCUGCGGCCUACAGUAGCCACUGUAGCGCUAGGUCCGUCCGGCUGCGAAACAUGCCACUCCUCUCCAGAAGGCCCGGCAGUAUUUGGCGACUCCAGUCCGUCCCAUCAUCCGUUACUCAGUCCGGUACCACUUCAUGGGUCCUCCGUUCGCGCCGCCCAAAUACCGCACACUCUCGACGGGUCCGCCCCUUCCCCUCUCAUAGUGCGAUGCGAGGACUGCUUGAAAGGACGCUGGUGCGAGAGAUGUCACAAGUGGUGGGAUGAGAACUGCUACAUUGGAUCGGUCACCGCCCAACGAACGGAACUACAGCAGACCGAGCUCACCGAGAGCUUCAAACCCGACGGGACCAGUCAACUGCUCCCCAAGCAAACCAUCAAGGUACAUAUGGGCCUCUGCGUGGAACACUGCCUCCGUGAGGAAAUGAUGGCCGGAGCCGGUAGCGACGGGAUAUUAUGGGCUUGUCUACCUAAAAUCUGGAAGUUGAUGGAAAUCACCGGAUGUCCUUCUCUCUCCCUCGGCGUCAUUCACGAGGGCGAGAUGAUAAUGCAGUAUAGUCGAGGAGUCGCCGAUACAUCAACAGGUCGCCCGGUCAACCAUGACACUGUCUAUAUGAUCGGAUCACUCACCAAGGCUUUCAUCGCCGCGUCUUGUGGUAUACUUGUCGACGAGGGCAAACUGAGCUGGACCGAACCGCUAUCCACAUACAUACCCUUUACCCAAAACAAAGAUCCUGUCAUAGGCGAGCGUAUGAGUUUGUCAGACGCUCUGUCUCAUUCCAGCGGAUUUCCUCAGCUCGAUAUCGCGUGGUACGGAUCCUUCGGCGAGACACUGAUGUUUCCACAACAUUUACUGCAGAUUACUGCCAACAUGCCAGUACACGACGACGCCUUUCGAAAGGAAUUUCAUUACUCCAACUGGCCAUACGCCCUAGCGGGUAGAGUGAUUGAAGCGGUAGGUGGCGAGGAUGCCGUGGAUGGCUGGGGAGGGUUCGUCAAGAAGAGAAUCUUCGAUCCGCUCUGGAUGAUUCGAUCGACGUGUUCGCGAAGCGACAUCCAGCGCGGCAAUUUGGCUGAGCCGCAUAUGGUCCUGGGCAAUGAACACCAGAACAAAACGGGUCCAUGGCGUUUACCUGCGCCUCAAGUUUCAGACAGGUCUAUUUGCGGAGCGGCCAUGGCAAUAUGGUCGAACAUCGUGGAUAUGCUCAUCUGGUCGCGAGCAGUGUUGGAACGCUUGGAGCAAGAGAAAGCGGGGAAGACUCCAGCCAUCUUGUUGAACCCGCUCAAGCAUAUCAGUCAAAUCACGUCCCAGAAAUUCCCCGUCACAGAUGACACCAUCAACGAGAACACUUAUGGAUUUGGAUGGGCAAGACACAUGAUCCCUUCGACACAACUCGGAUGGCUGUCCACCAACGGGCCGCAGAAAGACGAUAUCAUCGGUCGAGAAUCGCCGCCGCGACUAACAUUAUACCACGGAGGCCAAGUGACUGGCUACCUGAACUCGAUCUACCUCUUCCCAGAGACCAAAUCAGCUGUAGUGGUCCUAACGAACGCGCAGAGCGCUGGAGACUGCUCUGAUCUCGUGGCUCAGAUGCUCGUCCAAUCACUCUUCGACAUGAAACCGGAAGUUGAUUUCGAAAUGAGGGCGAAGAAGGCAUCUGUCAGUAGUCUGAGCCUUCAUGGCAAGAUGCGGGAGGACUGGCAUCGGAAUCGCAAACCAAGAACGGGCCAGCCUGAGCUCAGAGACUUCCAUGGCAGUUACUGUGACGAUGAUACAAUGGCGCAAUACGGCUACGGACAAAACCCGCAAUACGGCGCUGGGAAUGCGCAAAACCUCCAAUUCUACCCGUCGUCAUUUUCGAACCAGCCGGUAUCUGGCCAUUCCACACCGUUUCAGGCAAACUACGGCGCACCAGCGAGUCAAGCGUAUCCCACACAGUAUGGCGCUGGGUUCGCUGCACCGGGCGUGAGCGGGCAGAUGGGUAUGGGCGUGUCGGGGCUGCGGACGGGGUGGCUGGCGGCUUUUGGCACGGAAGGAUACGAUGGAGAGCCGCCGCUACUGGAAGAGUUGGGAGUGAACUUCAGGCACAUACAGAUGAAGACCUUGGCUGUGCUGAAUCCGUUCGGUCGGAUCGAUCAGCACAUCAUGGACGACAGCGAUGUGGCAGGGCCAAUACUGUUCUUCUUGAUCUUUGGGACGUCGUUACUGUUGUCUGGAAAGCUUCAUUUCGGUUACAUCUACGGCCUGGCGUUCGUUGGCACGAUCCUCCUCCACCAGAUCCUCUCGCUCAUGUCCCCGCCUGUCGUCGAAGCGACACCAGUAGACCACGGUCACCCACACGGCUCACAUCUCGGCUCCUCGUUAACGUUCCCGCGAUCGGCAUCGGUGCUCGGAUACUGCCUGCUCCCUCUUGUUCUGGUAUCGAUGUUUGGAAUCAUCGUGCCGCUUGACGGGCUGUUUGGAUAUCUUCUGACGAGCUUGGCCAUCACAUGGUGUUCCUACAGCUCCAGUUCCAUGUUUACUGUUGUUGGACGCAUGACUUCCAUGCGCGGACUGGUAGCGUACCCCAUGGUUCUGUUCUAUGGCAGUUUUGGUAUUAUGGCCAUCUUCAGCUCGCGGGGCACUGGUCAGUUGGCGGCGAAGGCGGCAGGAUCAUAG